ACUUAGUUGUCGGACACGUGGACUCGCGGUUGUGCAUCAGAGUAGCCCUAAUUGUUCUGUCUUUCUUUCGUUGUUUUUUUCUCCUUCCUUCUCUCUGGUAAAGGCGGCACGCUGCAAACGCAGAGGGUGCUGGGAAAAAAAAAUGCGGCCAGUUUUUCGAUUGACAGCGCCUUGAAACUACAUGAGAGUGACGGAUUUGAAUGGCGUAUAUGCUGGAAACGCGUUCUGAGGCAUGCUAUGGGCAAGCGUCUUUAUCAACACUGGAAGGGACGAAAUAAGUUUCUUUUUGGCGGAAGGCUUGUGCUUGGCCCGGAUGCAAAGGCUGUAGCUAUUACCGUCGUUUUGAUUGUUGUCCCAUCCAUCGUUUUCUUCUCCUGCGUUGCGAGGUACCUUUUUGACGACUUUCCACACCGCAGUGGAGUGGCAAUUCUGGUUAUAGCAGUCUUAUACCUUACAUGUGUGUUGACGUUCUUACUGCUCACCUCUAGUACAGACCCGGGCAUUAUACCUCGUAAUCGCCAUCCACCCGAAGUUGAGGACAGACCUCUGGAUUUUGUAUCUGGACAAAGCGGGAGAGUGCGGCUCCCACGAACCAAAGAUGUCGUUGUAAACGGCAUUGCGGUCCGGACCAAGUACUGUGACACUUGUAUGCUUUACAGGCCUCCUCGCUGCUCUCACUGCUCGGUGUGCAACAAUUGCGUGGAGCGUUUUGAUCACCACUGUCCAUGGGUUGGACAAUGCAUUGGCCAAAGGAACUACCGUUUCUUCUUUAUGUUCGUGUCGUUGGCAACGCUCUUGUGCGUCUAUGUGUUUGCGAUGUGUACCGUCUACAUCAAGUCCGUGAUGGACGACCGCCAGUGCAGCGUGUGGACAGCCAUGGCAAAGUCACCGGCGUCCAUCCUCUUGAUGGUCUACUCCUUCAUAUGCGUAUGGUUUGUUGGAGGGCUUACUUUCUUCCAUCUCUACCUCAUCAGCACGAACCAGACCACCUACGAGAACUUCCGCUACCGCUACGAGAACAAGCUGAAUCCGUACAACCUGGGCAUGGCGAGCAACCUGCGCGACGUCUUCUGCGCGGCGAUCCCGCCCUCCAAGAACAACUUCCGAGCAUAUGUUGACGACGAGGAGGACUCCCGGGACGAGGAAGCGGGCAGCCGGCACAGCGACUCCGGAGGCACCAAGACCACCACACUCCCCAGCGAGGAGGCGCUCGAGGAGGAGGAUCAAGAGCUCCACACUUGCGGGAACAGCAACGCGGACGAGAUCCUGGAGGACGGAACCGAGUACGACUAUGGCGGCGAGCAGUCCAGCCCCGUCAACUCCUCGUCCAGGCGCUCCAGUUGGGACCACAAGAGCGUCGGCGAUCAUAGCAUCUGGUAGAGCUCACUGCUCGCUCGAGAAGAGCUAUAUAAAGAGUUCAUUUUCUUAUA